AUGAGCGAGCUCAGCGCUGGCGGCACUGCUCUGCCCGGAGUGUGUCGCGUGAAGGCGGAGUAUCUUCGUCCUGCGCCGAUACGCGUCACGCUUGAUGCGGAGGGACGCACUCGAGGAAUGAAUAAAGGGAUGGAGCGGCAGCAUUCCUGCUUCGUGGAGGGGACUCAGCGCCCACAAUUUGAGGGGGAGUCAAACUUCUUUUACGGCGAAACCCUGCAGCGUAUUAAGGCGGUGGUGCGGCAGGGUAACGCAGCGGCAAAGCGCAGUCGCGAUGGAGGGAGACAGGAAAAGGAGAUAAGCACACCACAGGCGACUGUUGAUGGGGCACCACUGAAUGAAGAAGACGCUGCUGCUGCCAACUCCAUUGACAGCCACGCCGAUGAGAUUGUAUUGCAGAAGAACGAGGAGGAUGAGAGGGAUGCCACGAGAAACAGUGACCUUGCAAGAACGAAACAAAGCGAAGAAAACGUGCGUGAAAAUGCUGCCCGGCGUCGAGCGCUAUUUAAAAAUAAACUUGUGCUGGCGCCCCUCACCACCGUUGGGAACCUCCCGUUUCGUCGCGUCUGUAAAGGCUAUGGGGCAGAUAUCACGGUGAGCUCGAUGUCCCUUGUGUCCAAUCUCAACCGCCUACAAAAAGGUGAGUGGUCACUGCUGCGACGUCAUGAGUCGGAAGACGUUUUUGGUUUGCAGAUUGCCGUGUCACAGCCGCAGAGCGCCCAGACGUGGGCAAAGGCCAUCGAAGCUUCGGGUUAUUCGUAUGAUUUUAUUGAUAUCAACUGCGGCUGUCCAGUCCAGAUGAUCAUGUCUGCUGGUUGUGGUUGUGGUCUUUGGGAACGGAGAGACAACCGCCUGCGGGAUAUUGUGAGCUCGCUGGUGCAACACCAGUCAAAACCUGUCAGCAUCAAGUGUCGUAUAGGAGCAGGCGCAAACAGCAAUGCUUCUCUACACGAGAAAAUUGGCGAUUAUGAGGGAUGGGGUGCAGACGCGGUUACCAUUCAUGGUCGUUUUCGUGCGCAGCGCUACACAAAGCUAGCAAACUGGGAAUACAUUGACAGCUGUGCCGCACGGACCUCUUUGCCUGUUAUUGGCAAUGGUGACAUCUUCUCUUAUGAGGAUAUCAUUGGCCACCGCGAACGCUAUCCGCAUGUCAGCUCAUACAUGAUUGGACGGGGGGCGCUCAUUAAGCCAUGGAUCUUUGAGGAAAUAAAGCAAGAGCAGCCGAGAGACAUCAGCAGUCAAGAGCGUUUUGAAAUGCUGCGAAGCUUCUGUAACUAUGGCUUGUCUCAUUGGGGAUCAGAUGAACGCGGGGUUCUUACAACACGUCGUUUUCUCUGCGAGUGGCUCUCAUUCUUGUGUCGUUACGUCCCUCUUGGGCUGCUUGAAUGCCCGCCGCAGCGCAUCAAUGAGAGACCGCCUCAUUACGAGGGCCGAGACGAAUUGGAGACGCUAAUGGCAAGCGACAAUGUGAACGAUUGGGUUCGCAUCAGUGAGAUGCUGCUCGGUCCGGCUGGUGAAAAGUUCCGGUUCACACCAAAGCACAGGAGUAACAGCUACACCACCACAGCAACGACGGGCGAGGCAGAGAUCUAG